AUGUGGAGGCUUAAGAUCGGAGCUGAGGCCAGAAAUGAUCAUUACUUGUUAACCACCAACAACUACGUCGGGAGACAGGUUUGGGAGUUUGAUGCACCUGCAGGCUCUCCUGAGGAACUUGCCGAGGUAGAUGCGGCUCGCCAAAAUUUCGCGGACAAUAGGUUGCGAUUCAAGACUAGUGGUGAUCUCCUUUGGCGCAUGCAGUUUCUAAGGCAGAAAAAGUUCGAGCAGAAGAUUCCACGAGUGAUAGUAGAUGAUGCAUCGAACAUAAAGUAUGAGGAUGCGAAGAGGGCACUGAGGAGAGGGAUACUAUAUCUCGCGGCAUUGCAGACUGAUGAUGGACAUUGGCCUGCUGAAAAUUCUGAACUUACCAUUUAA